GUUUGAUUUCAUGAUUUGAUCUUCUUUUCCAGUUGGCAUUGGACAAGAACACAAGAAAGAUUGAAAGUGAGGUUAAAGAGGUUAUAAAGUGUAAUUUAACAUUUUAAUAAAUUGCAGAAAAAAUACAAAUUCAAUUUUUGUGAUUCUAAUCAUUUUUUUCUAUUUUACCAUACUUAAAAAAGACAUGAUCCUACUUCCAUUAUACUGAAUGGCAGGAACGUACAAAAAUUUUCUACGCUUGCUUGAAAAGUGGCCAAUUGAUGCAACAAAAAAGAAACGAGACAUCGGCCUACACAUUCGCGAGCAGCUGAAGCUGCAUUUCUCGGCUUCGGGUGAGCUGAACCCAACCAUCUGCCAGGAGAAGUGCGAUCGGCGUUUUGUGAGCCUCAAGCGACUUGUCGACAACCAUCACAAAAACGUCUACAGGCGGUCGGCGAAUUCUUCAGCCACCGGACUCACCGCUGAGCAGUGCAACAGUGUGCUGUCCGACGAAUUUCUCGACCACCUCGCCGAACAACGAAAGUCGGUGCUGAUCAAAGUCAACAAAUAGGUGGCUGGUAAAAUGCUCAGCACCCUGGGUGAUUUGUGGUUGGAUUUUGUUUGUUAUGAAUGGUAGGAUCGUUAUUGACGUCUUGAAUUUGGUAUAAGGUUGUAGGAGAUCUAUACCAGGGUCUCUCGUUUGAGAAGGGAACUAAAUUUGUCUGUUUUUGUCCUUUAAUUUUUUUUAUUCGAAAAGUGAACUGUGAGGUUGUAAGUUGAGGUUCAAAUCUUGCACAAUCUGAUUUCAAAUAUCUGAAUCCAAUUUUGAAUUGGUGUUGUUUAAAAGUCAAGUUUAAAAGCAUGCCUUCGGUGACGUAUCUCUAUCACAGUCGCCUAGGAUCUAAUUUUGUUUGCCUCAAGUUUAUUGGCCACAGUUUAUGCGUUGAUUCUACUAAUCGGGUAGUUAGACACCUCUCCAACUGCAUAGGAAAUCCAUUUAAUGUCUCAGCUAGAAAAUUUUCCAAUUACAAAGAAACCCCAGAAGCAUUGUCAGCUAGAAAACUCUCCGAAACCAAAGAAAAACCGCUGCAUAUCCCAGUUAUGAAGGAAGAGGUGCUUGAAAACGCUGGCCUCAACAACGAGUCUGUCUUCUUAGACAUGACUUUCGGCGCGGGUGGACACACACAAAGCAUUCUCGAUAAAUACUCCAGCUCCAAGGCCUACUGUUUGGACAGGGAUCCGGUGGCAUACCAGAUGGCAUGCGACUUGCAAACCAAAUACCCUGAAAGAGUUGUGCCACUGCUGGGCAAGUUUAGCGAGUUGCCUGGGUUACUCAAGGAACAAGAUGCGAGGCAGAACUAUUUCGACGCCAUUCUGUUCGAUUUCGGAUGUUCGUCGAUGCAGUUCGAUGAGGGAGGACGGGGGUUUUCUGUGAGCAAAAACGGGCCACUCGAUAUGAGGAUGGACGGCAAUCGGCACCCACAAAACCCGACCGCUGCCGACGUGCUGGCCACGGCUGAUGAACACGAUUUGUACAAAAUUUUCAAGGUCUACGGCGAGGAAAAGAAGGCCAGAAAGAUUGCUCGAGCUGUCGUGGAGGCUAGAUACUUGUUCACGCCCCUACAAACCACACGAGAAUUGGCCGACCUCAUUUCCAGCGUCCUCGUCAACGAAACACGUACCGACAAACUUGACCGUCACACGCAUGUUGCCACCAAAAUCUUCCAAGCUCUGCGCAUUUUUGUUAACAAUGAACUCAACGAAAUCAACUACGGCCUGUUGCUAGCUCAACGCUACCUGCGCAUCGGCGGUCGGCUCAUAACCAUCUGUUUCCACUCACUGGAAGACCUGAUCGUGAAGCGUCACAUCACCGGCAAUAUGACUGACAACGAGAUAAAUAUGCUGCCGCUGCAGUAUGUCGAUAACAGCCGGUGGCACGACAGGCAGUCCAUUGACGAGUUCACCUCCUCCCAUUGGCAGCCUCUGCUCAAACAUGUGCUCGUGCCUUCUGACUAUGAGGUCGAAAGCAAUCCUCGAAGUAGGUCGGCCAAAAUGAGGGCUGCCGUUAGAGUCAGCUAGAUUCAAUAAAUUUGUAAUUUAAUAGAAUAGAUUGCCAUAAACUCAUCAAUGUACUAUUAUUGAUUUCUAAGUACCUACUUGUUGGAUUACAAUAAAAACAGUGUAUUUGAAAAGUAAAGCUGAAAUUAUUAAUAUUACGUUUUACGUUUUGAAAUCAAAUGAAGCUAAAUAUUCUUAGAGUCCUAAAAUAGUUUUAUUAUUACCGUAUUGAUGUUUUCUCCUUAUCGGCUUAAUUAAUGUUCAACAACCAUAAUAUAAUAAAUUUAUCAGCAAUUACCACAAUCAUAUUUGCUUAAACCGGCAAAUGGCUUGCAUAUUUUACUGGUGAAAUCUCAAUUAUAAAAUUACAUGCAAGAACUGUUAUCAUGAAAGUUCAUUUAUAACAUGAAUCCUAUAAAAAUCUAUGUCUAGUAUAUAGGAGGUAUGUUCUAUCAAAUUUGGGAGGAUUUUUCCUCCUGUAUUUACCAGCACAAUAUGUUUGUGUAGUAUUGGAAUUUGAAGUAGUAGAAAGCUUCUUCAAGAGCUAUUGUAGAAAUGUUUUGUGUAGGAAUGUUUGAUUAAAUUUUUACAUCUUCUGUAUUUUCAAAAUAAUUUUUUUGUGAUAUUGAAGUAGAACUUUAAUUAGCAUUCAAAAUUGUCCUCAAUCAAGAGAAAUGGGGUAUGAAUAGUAUGUUAUGUUUUUCUUUGUAGUAGUUGUGUUCUAGUUAUGUUUGAUUAAAGUUGUAAAGUUUCAA